CAAAUGUGACUGAAUUUAAAAAAUAUACGUUGAUUGUGUUCACAAACAAUGUCGAUGUUUCCUUCUUUCCAGUUGCUAGAGCUCAACAUAAUCUCUGCUCAAGAUCUAGCUCCUGUCUCACGUAAAAUGAAGACCUACGCCGUGGCUUGGGUUCACUCCGAACGUAAACUCACCACCCGUGUAGAUUACACAGGUGGUGCAAACCCAACAUGGAACGACAAGUUCGUCUUCCGAGUUAGCGAGGAUUUCCUCUACGCCGAUACUUCAGCCGUCGUGGUUGAAAUCUACGCCUUACAUUGGUUCCGUGACGUUCACGUUGGCACAAUCCGUGUUCUCAUCAGCAACCUAAUCCCUCCAAAUCGUCGACCUGGAUACCGAAGCAAUGACGAGUAUCGUCGAACACCACCUCCCGGAAUGCGAUUCGUCGCGCUUCAAGUUCGCCGACCAUCAGGUCGUCCUCAAGGGAUACUAAACAUCGGUGUGGGAAUACUUGACGGAUCAAUGCGUAGUAUGCCACUUUACACCAAUAUGGACUCAUCUGCAGUUGGUUACAGAGAUUUACUUGGGGAAGAAGAUCCAAAUUUGCAGAAUUUGCAUCUUAAUAGCAUCAAAGGAAGCUCAAAGAAUCCACAAUCACCAUCUUCUAAACAGUACCAAUCCGUAGUCUCGAGACCGCCGAUGCUCCGUCGUACAAGGAGCGAUACAAGUUCAAUGGUCGUUUCUGAUCUUCUAAGCAGAGCUGAGCGAAGCCGUGUGGCUAACAGAAAGCCAGCGAGCGCGUUGAUGAGCGCCGAAUCGGAAACUGUACCUACAACGUCGGGACACGAUUCGAUGACGUCAGAUUCCGAGCUGACGAAAUCGAUCGAUUAUGGACUUCCUUACCAAUCCCCAAAGAUUCCAAGUCAGAGAUACGAUUCGUACGAGCCUGAUUACGUAGAUCGAUCACCAAAUCACAAUGUGUUGCGACACGAACCUGAAUUCAUAGAUCAGUCGCCUUAUCGAUCUUACGAUCGCUCACGCAAAACUCCGAGAAGAUCAACACCGAUGAUCGAGAAGCCACGACCGCCGAGAGACUACGACCGUAGUAGUAGCCGCGCUUCACCGUAUUUGUCAAGACACGGAACGCCGUUGAGAUCAAACAUCGUCGCGUCUACUCCGAUAAGAUCUAACAUGGUUGCAUCAAGUCCGAUGAGAUCCACCGGCGUUGGAUCAACUCCGAGAAGAUCUAACAUCCUCGGUUCGACUCCGUUACGUUCCAACAUCGUCGGAUCAACUCCGAUUAGAUCUAACUACAUGGCUACACCGAUGAAAUCGCCUCUACAAUUUGGUACUCCGAUGAGAUCUAAUUUAGCAGGAAGACCGAUUUUAACCGAAUCCGAAUUAGGUCCGUCACCAUCAGAAGUAGCGCAGAAAAUGGCGAAAGAGAGAUCACAAGCUAACGAAACAGAGAGUUCGAUUCUUAGUGAAUGGAGUUUAGACGAUGAUAGUAACAUCGAAGGUCUCCGAUCAAAACUCGAGCGGUGGAGAACGGAGCUUCCGCCGCUUUACGAUCUGGGAUCGAGUCAUCAAAGCAGCGAUGUAGGAAGCGGCGCGAUUGUUGUUGCAAAUGUAGGUGGAGGAAAAAGCUCGAGGAAGAAAACUCCGGUGGUGAAGAAGAAGCAUAAUCGCCGUCACACUGAAGGAGGUAACGGACUUUUCUCGUGUUUCAGUAAUUUGUGCGGCGUUGAAUGCACGUUCGUGUGUGGAGGCGGGUCGGAUCAAGACGGGUCAAAAAAGAAAGGUGGGUCUGGGCGUUUGCCCCGCUUGGGCUCUGCUGAUGAUUUGAGUUAUUUAUGAUUAUUUUUUAUAUUUUCAAUUUUUAGACUGACCCUUAUUCUUUUAAUUUUAUACAUAUUUCGUUUGUGAAUGAGAAAAUAUUUGUGAAUAAUUUAUAUAAUUCUUU